ACUUCCGACGUUAGUACUGACCUUGAAGUCCAUAAACAAUUCUUAGGCAGUAGUGGAGGUAGUUCGGGUAAAGUCUGUAUGACUUUUACAAAGUAUGGGUUGGUCACAUAAAGCUAAAACCUUAAAGAGUUACGGUGAACAAUAAGUUUCGAAGUGACUAGUAAAUUACUAAUUACAAUAAGUCUAAAUGGUUGAGGACAGCUGAUAGUAGAUACAAGGCUUAAGAUGUAUAAAUAUUUUUUAGCUAUACUUACGAACAAUUUUGUAGACAAUUCUUUGAUUUCAGAGUACUGCCGUGUUGUAGGACAGGCUCUCAUUCGGAACCAGCCUGGACUUCUAGUAUUUACUGUCUAUGAACUCCAGUUAGAUAAUAACUAUAAAAACUAGUAUUUAGAAUUCUUCAUUGGUCAGAUCGAUCCCUUUGUGGCUAUCACAAGGUGUUUCCUGUCCUUUCUUAAGUACGAAAACUGUCGGUGUUCGAGAUCAAUUAGGUAGGGUUUGUACAACACCUAGACUAGUAGACGUUGCAAGUAGCCGUGCUGUUGAAACUGGUUUAUCAUCUUUAAAAACUCUGAGUUAAUCUAUCAGAGUGAUUUUUCACGUCGCUAGGGUUUUUGAAUGUAUGCUGCUUUGCUCCACUAGCCCUAAAGUCUGGUUUGUGUGUACUUGUCGACGAUCGGCUCAUAACUACUCAUACUAAAGGUAUUUAGUGAUAUGUUUGUAGAUUUGUGCUAUGUAUUUCGAUUUGUUAUAUUAGUCUGUUCGUUAAAGCAUCUAAGUAUGGUUGACUUGUAGUGCUUUGGGUUAACGUAGCUGAAUAAGAUGGAUCUAAUCUCAUUCAUUAGAUAAGCUUAGCAUCUGGAACACUAGUCAGCACCAUCGAGACUGUUACAAUAUGGUAUGCUGCGCUGAAACAAUCCCAUAAGUUCAAAUACACCUUUUUAUCUUGUUUCCUUGAACUUCAUGUGGUCGAAUAUUUCGCCACAUUCUUUAGCACAAAUUUAUUCAAGUACCUGAAAGUUAUGUUAAUUCAGCAUUGAUUGGUAAUAUCACGGCAGAUUUCAGCACUCGAUGAAGUGGAAUAAUUCGGAUGCUAAAUGUUUGAAGAUCAGAGUAACACUGCAUGAGUCUGAGUUGGAGUUUAACAUAUCGCCUAAAAGCACAGGAAAAUACCUCUUCGAUCUAGUCUGCAGUACAAUUGGCUUGAGAGAGACGUGGUAUUUCGGAUUACAAUUUUAUAGCUUCUUUCCAAAUGGAAGAAUGCAACUUUCUCACUGGCUUAAAUUAGAUAAGAAGAUUGUUUCACAAAAACCAGAAGAUAUCUCUAAGUCUCUUUGCUUCUUUUUUCACACCAAAUUCUUUCCUGAAGAUGUUGAACAGGAACUAAUACAAGCUACAACUCGUCGUCUGUUCUAUUUAAGUGUCAAAUCCACCAUUUUAAAUCGAAGCGAAUCCAAUAUGAAUGGAAAUUGUUUUGGCGAUCUUUGUCCGUCCCUCGAUGUGGCUAUUCUUCUUGCCUCAUUGGCUUCUCAGGCAGAGUACGGUGAUCUUUGCGAGGAAGAGCUUAGUGAUACAGAGGAACUCACAUACUUACCGCGCCGUAUUCUCAGAUUAAUCCCAGCUCAACUAUGGACCCAAAUACAGUCCACUCAAGGUGUAACACAGAAGUUUCGGGAACAUUAUAAAUCCCACAAGGGAAUGAAUCGCGACAAAGCGGAACUUCAGUAUCUCAAGGUAGCCCAGAUGCAUAACCUUUUUGGGGUGGAUUUUUUCCCUAUUGUCUAUGCUCGGAUGAAGUUUCCUCGAACUUUAAGCUCGACACAGAACGAAUCAACUCUUUGGGACAACACUAAUCAAUGUCACACAAAUGCUUGGCUUGGUGUUACAGCAGCAGGUCUUCAACUGUAUGGAAAGUGUCAACGUGAUCCACCUCAAUUUACAUUUCCUUGGAAUAUGAUAAAAAAUGUUUCAUAUCGCGAACGCAAAUUUACGAUCAAGUUGACCAGUACCUGUCGUGGAACCAACAAACCUAGUCAAAAUACAUCUGUCCCUACCUUAUUGAACGAAACCAGAGGACCAGCUGUUAUUUCAUCAAAAGCAAGUCAGCCCAAUCGUAGUCCUCUUAUUAGUAUCACAGGCCAAGCUUUUGUUGGCGUUGCUGUAGGUUCUAGUGCAGGAGGUAGUGGGACGUCUGCCGCAAGCUUACCUAGCACUCCAAUAUCAGCUCGUCUUAUCCCUUCAGUUCCACUUGUUUCUCCUAAUUUACUUGAUACGUCUGUUAACCUUUCAUCUCCAAGAGCUGUUUCCAAGUUUGAAUCAUGCGAUACUGCACAACAACUGGGUGCUUCAAAAGGCUUCAAAGGUCGUGCUAAAGUUCUUGAACUAGGUUCACGCUGCAUUCCUGGUUUAUCAAUCAAAUCCUCUCGUUACUCUGCUAAUGAAUUCGCAGUUACUAGGACUAGUGUGAAUUGUCUUCGUGGCCCUAGGGUUCAGUCUGCGGAAAACAAUGUCUCGCUGCCGUCGAAAAGUUUGCUUAAAUCGUCUAAUCUGAAUUCUGAGACUGUAUUAAUCAGUGUUGUUGAAGUUUGGUUGGCAGACCCAAACCAAGCUAAAACAGUUAUGUCUAUGUGUGCUGGUAACCACUCACUGUUCAUGAGACGUCGUCAGCCGGAUAGCAUUGAGGUCCAGCAAAUGAGAGCACAAGCAAGAGAAGAGAGAGCCAGACGAGAGGUUGAAAGAGCACGACUGGCAAAAGCACGUGCAGAAAAAGCUGAGGCUUUAGAAGCUAAAUCAGUUUUAGAGGCUCGGUGUGCUCAACUUGAAGAGGCACUAAUACAUCAGCAAAAGCGCCAAAACCCUUACACCUCUGAUAACCAUAAUCGUUUGAUCGAUACCUAUGUAGCCAAUUCGACCUCCACUCAUACUUCUCAAUGUAUAUCCACUCAAUACAACUGUAAAGUUGCUUUCAGUCCCACGAGGAAAGAAAAUCAAAAAGACGAUGAAAUGGAUGGUAUGCAUAUAUCCCGAACGUUGAAUGACGAUGAUGAUGACCAGAAAUCUAUUUCUAAUCCCACUGUAGAUAAUGAUAAAACUACUAGUGAUAUGAAUGGUGACCGAUGUGGCAACUACUUUGAUGACUAUAGUUUCUAUCCACCAGUAACCAAUUUGGAUGGAUACCCAGUACAUCAUGGAAAAUCUUGUGAUGAUGGCAUUCAGACAGACCAAAAUAAUUUGGUUUAUACUGACCCUCUAUAUCCAAACAUUCCAGCAAAUUCCUUCCCUGUCUGUUCUAAGUAUACUGACCAUCGAUUUGCUCCGGGUUCAGUAUCUGUUCCUGUAACACCUCACGUUAAACGCACAGAAGUGAUACUCGAUCGGGGUGCAGAUUAUUACCUGCAGUCAUCCAUGUGGCCGUUUGAGUCAACUAGCUGUCCAGUAGAUCUACAUAGCGAACAUUCUGUUUAUAAGACUCAUUCGAACAAAAAGGUGGUUUUGUAUCCAUCUUAUUUGGUUACCAAUCUUGGUCCAGUGUAUUCUGAUGGUACUUUCUGUGGCAUCGCCAUUAAAUCUUUAUUGUCUGGAAAUCAUUGUCUAACUGGUGAAAUACCAGUAGUAUCUGUCGGGGAUUCCAUUUCCAAAGAACCGGAAACCUCCUUCUCUCCGUUUGUUAUUGUCCCAGGUAGCUUGCCUGCUCUUCACAAUGAUGAAGUUUUAAAUUCAAAAUCUCGUACCAGACCAACAGAUGUCUCUCAUUGUAAUCAUAAUCCGUGUUCUUGUGCAGUAAUGUCAACUGAACACCAACCACCGACAGUCUGUCACAUACACUCUCCACCUCAAACAAUUAUUCGUGAGGUUUCUUAUACUGUGCCAACGAAUGUUCUGAGACACCCACAGUACUGUUCACCAAACUGUCAUGUUCAGUUCGUUCCACACGAUCCUGUAGAUCGCAGCCAAUAUAUGUAUUCGAGUCCAUCUCUGGCUGCAAUACUUUCUCCUAUUGUUACUCAACGUUUGCAUCGUCGAAUUUCCCAUCGUCCACAGCCUAGUCGUGGCUUACAGCGACAGCAAUCGCAGCCGAAAAGCCCUAUAUCAUCUGACUCAGUUCAUAUUCCCGUAAUAGAACGUUCGACAAGUUACAUGCAAAUACCCUACUCAGAAAACGACUGUGGAUUAGCGUCUACAGAGGAGUUUAAUUUGACGAACAAGCACUUUUUAUCCCGUCCUACUGAUCGUGGCUGUUCCUUUCAAUAUCCACCUUGUUCCACAAACGUUCAUUCGAAAUACCAUGACUUUCAGACAGGUAACUUUUUGAUCUUUGCAAUAGCAUUUUGUCAUGUCUUUAUUGUUUCACUUUAAACUCAAACCAUUUGGAUCCGUUUAAACGUAUUCAGUCAUUAAAAAGUAUCAUUAACUACCGAAGUAUUAAUGUGUUUAGUACAUAUCUUUAUGUAGGUUCUUGUAACUUUUAAUUUGAAAAACUUUAGCAUAAAUGUUAGAAAAAUUUAAUUAUGCACUUUAGUACAACAAGUGAGUCACAUUUUAGGUUCGCACGAUUCUAUUUGCUCACUAAAUUUUAUGUAACUUAUGUAAUAAAUUGAUCUUAUCUCAACUGCAGACUUUCAUUCUAUCUCCAGGUAUUAAUAGCUCAUGGAAGUUCAAACGUUUGUGUUUGGUAUGUGAUUAGUGGUGUCUGUCUGUUCGUUUAAAAUCUGGUGUGUUUUUUUUUAAAUUUGUUAUCACUGUUUUUUCCACUUUAUUGCUUUUGCUUGUAUCACUCUAAUCUGUUUUGUUUUGUAACAAGAAUCAGAGUUUUGGUUUACUAUCACAGUUAAACUAAUGAUUUCUGCUUAUUUCAUGUGUCAAAGCUACGUGAUAAUUUGAGUUCAUCAUUUUAGUAAUGAAGUUCGCUACAAUUAUUUUUUAGGUCGCAAAUAUCCUAAGGAAGUUUAUCCGAAUCCACUAUUAUAUUAUCAAUUUCACUCUCCUACAACAAAUGAAUAUCUUCGCCGUGCUGCUAGUCUUGACGUUUCAUCUGGAAAUAAUGAUCUUUUGUGGAAUAUAGCACCUCGUGAAUUGUUAUCUCGAACAAGUGAACGUAAUGAAGAUGAGAAUGUCUAUCUAUUCGAAUCAAAUCCUCCUUAUUCUCAACGCAGUUUCUUAACAAAUCAGUUACAGGAGGAAAGAGCUCACUUUGCAUUCCUUCAAACACAAUUUUCACGCCAGUUGUGUGAUACGUGGGGAUAUUUAAAAGCCGCUCGUGGUCAGCAAGCUGAUAAAUUAUGCGAUUCGGCAAUCCACGCGAUUGGAAGCAAUAUUUACAAUAAUCCUUCUUCCUAUGGUUGUGAACUGCGAUGUGAUCCGGCUGGCGCUUCGGAUGGUGCAUCCACUGGUGGUGGCAACAUAUGCAGCAUGUGCAGUUCUAGUGCAUAUGAUGGGCACGAUCAUCUUCACGACACGAGUCCUGACCAUCAUUUCUACGAACCGUACUCACAAUUAAACCAAGAUAUUUCAUCACCUGAUGACUCAGGUGUUAAUAAUUUAAGGUUGAUGAUCAGUGGUGGAAGGUCCGAGAACAAAUUAGAAGGCAAUGCUAAUGCGUUAUAUCAAGAAUUGCAGUCUAGUGCGCAGUCACGAUACACCUAUAUGAACUUAUACACACAGUCAACGAAAGCCUUCUGAAUUCAAAUCCAUAUACACUUCUAACCCUUUCAAUUUGUUUGCUGCAUUCAUCAUUCUUGUUUCCGUAAAGCUUUGCUGUAUAUAAAAGACGACUUCACUAUGC